AUGCCUUACUGUAUAAGCUUCCCGAAAGACCAGGUUCCAGUAACUAGGGGCCUUAAAUUAAAGGGGGACCGGGCCUUUACUCGCAGCUAUUACAGUGGUGGCUUGGGUGGAGGAUGCGGAGGUUUACCUGGGCCUUUCCCGCCCUUCCAUUUUUCUUUUUCUGAUAAGGCUUUCCAAUGUAAUGGCAGGAAUGGAACACCAUAUUUGGUUCCAGAUUUGCUGGUUUACUUUUAUACGAUGCUUUUGGUUGAAGAAAGGUUGGCAAGUAGUUGUCCUUUGUUCGUCUUCCUCACGGGUGUAAAAUGUAUCCACCUUUUCGGUCGGACAAAGGCAUGGAAGUAG